AUGGACGUGGGCAAGCUGUUUCAGCUGCCGACCGUGUCUUCAUCGGCGGUGAACAAGCGCAAGUGGGGCGCGCCGCCCGCCGGCGCCGCGCCGCCCGCGGCCGCGGUCACGGACACGGACGCGGACGCGGACCGCGACGAAGGCGUCGCACGGGCAGCGCCCGAACUGAAACGCACGCGCGUGGACGACGGCGAAGAGCUGUACGACGGCGAGCCUGAUGACGGUGACGACGAGGAGGGCGGCCGGUUCUUUGGUGGCGGGCUCACGGACGAGCAGGAGCGCAUCCUCGAGAUUAUGAACCGCCACGCGACGGACGGCGCCGAGAGCGGCGCGCGCGCUGCCGACGACGUCGCAGAGACGCGCCAGCUGCUCGUGCGGCUUGAGCGGGCGAUUGAGAAGAACCAGGCCAUGCGCCUCAAGUUCCCCGACGAUCCCCGCCGCUUCAUCGACUCGGAGGCCGACCUGGACAGUGCGCUGCGUGCCCUGGUCCUGCUGACCACGAACGCGGGUGCGCUGUACCCUGUGCUCGUUCACCAGGGGUCCGCCGCGAGCGUCGUGGGUCUCCUCGCGCAUGAGAAUGCGGACAUGGCGGCCGCCGCCAUCCAGGUUCUGGAGGAGCUCACCGACGACGAUGUGGUGGACGCCGCCGACGAGGCAGGCGCAGCGGCGAUGCAGGCGCUCGUGGAUGUGCUGCUGAAGCACCAGGUGCUGGAACUGCUCGUCUCGAAUUUGAAGCGCUUCCACGAUACGCCGCCCGCGUCAGACGAUGCAGCGGCGAUGGAAAACUACGAGAGCGACCGGCAGGCCGUGUACCACACGCUGAGCGUGCUGGAGAAUCUCGUGUCGCUGCGCCCGGGCGUCGCCGAGGACCUGGGCCGCACGACGCCGCUGCUCGCGUGGCUGCUUACGCGCAUGCACCGCGCAGGCCGCCUGGACCAGAACCAGGCGUAUGCGGCAGAACUGCUCGCGAUCCUGCUGCACGACAGCGACGCGAACCGCGCGGCGCUCGCGCGUGUCCAGGGCGUCGAUACGCUCCUCCAAGUCCUCGCGCGUUACCGGCACGCGGACCCGCGCGAUGCGGAAGAAGGCGAGUUCCUCGAGAAUGCCGUCGACGCGCUGUGUGCGGCGCUCGCCGUGCGCGAAAACCGCGCACAGCUCCUCGAGGCCGAGGGCCUCGAGCUGAUGAUCCUGCUGCUCAGGGCCAAGCGCCAGGCGCGCAGCGGUGCUCUCAAAGUACUCGAUCACGCGCUCAGUGACGCAGAGGGCGGCGCCGCGUGUCUGCACUUUGUCGAGGCGCUUGGACUGCGAGCGCUGUGCCCCGUUCUCAUGCGGCCCAUGGACGGAAAAGGCGCGCUGCGUGCACAGGACAUGGAGCACCUGCUUGGCGUCUUUGCGGCCCUCCUGCACAACCUCGACUCGGACAGUGCACAACGCGCGCGUGUGAUCGCCAAGUUUGUGGAGCAGGACUAUGCCAAGACGGACCGCCUCCUCGCGCUGCGGGCAGCUGCCGCCGAGCGUGUGCAGGCGGCGGAGCCGCGCGUGGCCGAGGAGCAGGCGGUGCUCGCCGCUGAGGGUAUCGAACCGGCCGAUAUCGACGCGCUCGUGUAUGCGCGGCGCCUCGAGGGGGGACUGUACGCGCUGCAGCUGCUGGACUAUGUGCUCGCAUGGCUCGCCAUGGAAGACGACGGCGUACGUACCGCCUACUUACCUCAGAUCCAGGCGCACAUGGCCGAGCAAAAGAGCGUGCCCUGGGCCGACAUUGUGGCGACGCUGGACGUGUACGCCGCGCACAUGGACUCGGCACGCACGGCGGCCUCGGGCGACGCCCUCGUCGACAUUAUUCGCGCGCUGCGCGCGUACCUGGCGGCGCUUUCGCCUCCACGUGCGUGA